AUGGAUACCAAGUCCGAUGUCAAUCAUGUCGAGAGCGUCUCGAAAGAUUCUCUCGACGUGAUUCAGGUCACGAAGUCGAAGAUUGAGAUCAGCGGAACUGUUAAACUGGUAGAAGGAAAGACCAUCUACAUCCCAACGCCGACCGCAGAUCCUCAGGAUCCCUUGAACAUGAAGAUGUGGCAAAAGGCUCUCGUUCUCAUUGUUAUCUCCCUAUGUACGUGUACAAUUCUCGAUUGUCUAUCAGAAACGCAAACUCACAUACCGCAAGUCUCGACAAUCGGUCUGGCAUUGGUCUCAGGAUUCGGAGGUCUCUUAGGCUUCUACAUCCCUGGUUACGCUGCCGUUGGCAAGGGCUACGCCGACAUCACUCACCUCAUGACUUAUCCUACCCUCUUCAUGGGUAUCGGUAACCUCAUCGGCAUGCCUCUCGGCAUCGCGGUCGGUCGACGAAUCGUCCUCCUCGCUGCUACAAUCAUCAUGAUCCUCAGCGCUGGUCUCUGUGCAGGAGCAACCACUUAUGAGUGGCAUCUUGCUGGACGUAUCAUCCUUGGACUCUCGGCUGGCCAGAGUGAAGCUCUUGUUCCCAUGAUCACACAGGAAAUCUUCUUCCUUCAUGAGAGAAGUACCUGCAUGAUGAUCCAGCAGACCAUUCAGACCAUCCUGACUGCUAUCUUCGUCAUCUUUGCCGGUCCCAUCGCCGAAGCCAUCACACCCGAGUGGUGGUAUGGUCUUGGUGCUGUCCUCUCCGGUGUCUCCCUCGUCCUCGCCUUCUUCUUCGUCCCCGAGACCAAGUACUACCGUCCCAAGUCUGCCUACCAAGCUGGCGGCAGCUCCGAUGAUGAGAACGUUGUUGAGGUCUGCACUGAGCGUCCUGAACUCGACUAUGUCAACUUUGCCCCUCGCACAUUCCGAUCCGAUAUGAGACUCUGGGUUGGCAAGCCUGAGUGGAACAAGGUCGUUGAGAUUUUCACCCAAACCUUUAGCCUCAUGCUUUUCCCCAACGUCCUCUGGGCCCUUUGCCUUAACGGUCUUACUCUUGGUGUUAAUAUUGCUAUUGGAACGACUUAUGGUUCUAUUGUCACCAGCCCUCCUUACAACUGGCCCCAAUCAUCUGCUAGCUAUGUCAACGCCGGCCAGAUCGUCACCUCGCUCGUCGCACUUCCUUGCUUCGGCUUCGGCUCGGACAAGCUCAUCAAGUGGUUCGCGAACCGACGCAAUGGUAUCCACGAGCCUGAGAUCCGUCUGAUUCCUCUUGCUUUCCCCAUUGUCGUUGGUGUCUUUACUGCCGUCUUGUACGGACUUGGUGCCACCUAUCCUGAGAAGUACCACUGGUUCACCUAUGUCUGGGCAGUUGCUGCUUACUACUUCACGUUCGUCGGAGCCAACAUUGUCGCUAUCACAUAUCUUCUGGACAGCUAUCCUCAGCGAGCUGGUCCCCUCCUGGUCAUUAUCUGUGCCGUCCGUGGUAUCAUGUCAUUUGGCGUCAGCUACGGAAUCACUCCCUUCAUUGAGCAAAAUGGUUACGAUGGUGCUUUCGGUGUCUUUGGUGGCUUGACUGGUGCUUUUGGAGUCCUCGGCAUCUUCGUCUUCAUCUUCGGUAAGAAGAUCCGAAAGAUUACUGGAAGGUACUGCGUGGACAAGGACAAGGCCGAGUAA